AUGCUAGAACUUCACGACGAUUGGGAUACCCAGGCUUUGUAUCAAGAUGAAGUAAAUAACUGCAACUCUUGCAAAGAGGAAAGCCCAGUAAAAGGUUCCGGAAUAUUAUGUGGCCCAAAUCUGCGUUUGGUCGGCGUCAACUAUGGCAAGAACCUGUAUAGGGCUAGUAUGCUGCUAGUGUGUCGUGACAUUGAAUGCCCAAAAGUCACUUUCAUUCGUGGAGCCAGCGAAGCUGAGAAAAUCAGCGCUGACGAUUUGCGUCGCGGAGAAUUGCCAAGCACUCUUUUCUACGUUGACAAUGGAAUUGAUUUCUUUAGGUAUACCAUCGAAUUCCCUAUGGAGUCUUAUGAGCAGUUGGUAAAAUACUCCAUUAAUGACGAGCACAAGCCGCAUUAUCGGUUCUUUGUGCCAUCCAGAAACAACAAUUUCAACGUUAUGUCAUACUCGUGCAAUGGGUUUUCGUUGAACGUCGAUACCACGCCGUUUCAGGGCUCAAUGUGGUUCGAUGUUCUAAACAAACAUGCCAAGGCACAUUACCACGUCAUGCUAGGAGGUGGAGACCAGAUAUAUUCGGACGGUAUAAACGUUUUUUGCGAGGGUUUCAAGAAUUGGCUACACGAGAAGAAUGCGGUAAAAAAGUUCAGAGCGCACUUGACGUCAGAGCUUCGUGCCGAGAUCGACGAAUUUUAUUUGAAGGAAUAUUUGGAAUGGUACGGGUACGGUCACUGGAAGGGAAGCACGCCAAAAUCGCAGACAACUCAGAAAUGUUUCCCCAUUGCCAUGGCCACAAUCCCUUCUAUCAACAUUUGGGAUGACCACGAUAUUAUUGAUGGAUUUGGGUCUUAUUCGGACUCUUUCCAGUCAAACGAAGUUUUUAGUGGAGUGGGUAAAGCCGCCUACAAAUACUACAUCCUUUUUCAACAGCAUGUGUCCAUCGAAGAAAAGGAAGCCUACUUACAAGAUGAAUCUUGGCUGCUUGGUGCCAUGGACGGUGCCUACAUUGGUGAGAAAUCCCAUUCGAUAUUCACUAGGUUGGGUCCCACGAAUGCUCUUCUGGGCUUAGACUGCCGUACCGAAAGAAAGCUGAAGCAAAUUGUCUCUUGGGAUACCUACGAUCUAGUGUUCAAAAGAUUAGAAAAAGAAAUCCCCAAGGGCAAGAUUGAUCAUCUGAUGGUAAUGCUCGGGGUUCCCAUUGCAUACCCUAGAAUGGUUUGGCUUGAGCUCAUUUUUUCAUCAAGGGCCUUGGUGCCUCUUAAAUACCUUGCGAAGAAGGGCUUCAUUGCUCCAGGUCUUGUAAAUUCUUUCAAUGGUGACAUAGAAUUGUUAGACGAUCUGAAUGACCAUUGGUGCGCACGCCAUCAUAAAAAGGAAAGAAAUUAUCUCGUUGCAAGGUUGCAAGACUUUGGCGCAAAACAUGGGGUCCGUAUAACGAUCUUGUCGGGAGACGUGCAUCUUGCCUGUGUGGGCCGAUUCCGUUCCAAAUUGCACUCUCACCAUGUAACCAGUGGGAAAGAAAACGAAGUCAAGAAAGUUUUAAACGAGCCAGAAAAGGAUGUGAGAUUGAUGUUCAAUAUCGUUUCGAGUGCAAUUGUCAACACUCCGCCUCCUAACCCAAUGGCAAAACUUCUCCAAAAAAGGUCAGGAAUUCAUCAUUUUGAUCGCGCCACUGAUGAGGACGUCGUGCCUUUGUUUAAGACUGACGCGGAUGGCACAAACAGGACAAACUUUUCGUUCAUGAAUCGCAGAAACUGGUCCGAUUUGCUUCCCAUUGAGAACGUUUUGGAAAGCGAGUACUUGCGAAAACUUUACAAAGUCUCCGUUGGCGAUUACUGCUAUUCGGGCUUGGUGACAAAAGAUGGCUUGAAAACAAAAGGCGAUGUCGAGCACGGCGGUAACAAGAAACAAGACGUCACCUACCCUGUUACAGCCAAAGGACUUAUUGCGUCGAUUCACGCCGAGAAGGACACCACGAAUAAAGAUUCACAAACGGAAGCUUACGCUGUGAUAAUUCCAGAAUUACAGAACGUGCAGGAUAACGUCUCGCACGAGGGUAUCAAGCAUGUCAGUUCUAGAACUUAG